AACAGAUAGGAAGCAACUUGACUGGAUUCAGUCUUUGUAAUUCAACCUUUCCUUCCCUUCCUUUUUCUUUUCGUCUCACGGGAAACUUUGAUCUAUGCCCCUCCAUCGCACAACAGCCAUCUCCACGCUCCGCACGCUUCUCCAGAGCCGCUUCCGCCCCGGACCCAGUUCACCUCUAUACAGGAAUCUCUUCACGCCAAGAUUCGCCUCGCGCACAAUGGCCUCGGCGGUAGCCAAGCGCCUUGCCGGCAAAACGGUGGUGAUCACGGGUGCAUCGUCCGGCAUCGGACGCAGCACGGCCUUCGAGUUCGCGCGGACGGCGGCCCCGGCAGGCGGUCUCAAGCUCGUGCUCACGGCGCGCCGCAUCGACUCGCUGAAGCAGAUCGCCGCGGACAUCCAGGCCGAGGUCGGCGAUGGCGUCAAGGUGCUCCCCGUGCAGCUUGACGUGAGCAAGCCUGACGAAGUGCGUGGCUUCGUGGGUAAGCUGCCGGAGGAAUUCAAGGAGAUCGAUGUCCUUGUGAACAAUGCCGGUCUCGUCAAGGGCGUCGCCAAAGCCCCCGAGAUCGCCGAGGCCGACGUGGACACCAUGUUCAGCACCAACGUGACGGGCCUGAUCAACAUGACGCAGGCCGUCCUCCCCAUCUUCCUGCGCCGUCCGGACGGCGGCGCCGGCGACAUCAUUAACAUCGGCAGCAUCGCCGGCCGCGAGCCCUACGCCGGCGGCAGCAUCUACUGCGCUACGAAAGCCGCUGUCCGCAGCUUCACUGACUCCCUACGCAAGGAGCUCGUCGCGACGCGGAUACGCGUGUUGGAGAUUGAUCCCGGCCAGGUCGAGACGGAGUUCUCCGUUGUUCGGUUCUAUGGAGAUAAGGCCAAGGCUGAUGCCGUAUAUGCCGGUGUUGACCCUCUUACUCCUGACGAUAUUGCCGAGGUUGUCGUCUUCGUUGCUGGAAGGAGAGAAAACGUUGUAGUUGCCGAUACAUUGAUCUUUCCUAACCACCAGGCUGGUGCGGGAGUCAUGCACAGGAGAACAUAAGAGCGUAAUUAGAUGCCUAUUCAAUCGCUUCAUAGAUACCAAAUACAACGGGCAACCAUAUGAGAGAAUAGUGAAUACUAGAGUGCAUUAUUACUAUUAUUUAUGCUACGGUCAUGGCAUCAUUUACAGUUCACCUACCUCU